GUAAAUGACCGUUUUAUGUGCCGAUCCAUGAGCCUUUCUAUCUUCAUCACAUACGCGCACUCCUGAGAAUCUACUGACAAUUGCAAACAUCCGUUCGAUGCCUCAACCAGCAGCCAUGGCCACCUCAUCCACGUCCCCGAAACCCAGCGUAGGGAUCUUGUCGAUUGGCGACAUGGGUGUCGGAAUAGCGCGGCUACUUCGUCACCACGGCUACGAAGUCUACACAGUCGGGGCAGGUCGAAGUCAACAUACUCUCAAUCGGAUAAAGUCGGCGCAGAUCAAGGCGCUCGACACGGACGAAGCACUGGUCGCCGAGUCCGACAUCAUUCUCAGUAUCGUGCCCCCACGAGACGCCGUCGCCACGGCCCAGCGAGCACACCAGGCGUGCCACUCCCACACGGCCAUCAAGCGUAGACAGGAGAGGACGGGCCUCGGUCGGAAACUGACCUAUGUCGACCUCAACGCCGUCAGUCCACGCACGACCAGGGCCAUCGGCGCCCUUUUCAGCACUCCCAGCAAUCACCUACCGACGUCGCCGCGCCUCCAGGGUAUCAGACGGUCGUUCAGCUUCCACCGUGCAGACUCCGAGUCUGAGCAGCCCGAGCUGCAGCCCGUCGGGGUCGACUUUCUCGACGGCGGCAUCAUCGGCGGCCCGCCGUCACUCCGGGAAGAUCAGACGUGGAAACGACCGUCGAUCGUCCUCUCCGGUCCUCGACAUUCAGAGGUGCUUCCCUCCGAUUUCACCGAGCUCCUCAACGUCCGCGUCGUCGGCGACACCAUCGGCGCCGCGUCGGCUCUCAAGGCCUGCUUCGCCAGUUUGAGCAAAGGCAUGAUAGCGCUGAGCAUUCUCUCCUUCACGACGGCCCAUCAAGCGGGCGUUCUCCCGGCUCUGGAGGAGCACUUGAGAGAGUUCAACCCGGGGGCGCUCGCCGCGGCCAAGAGCGGGCUCACAGGUAUGCCGCCAAAAGCGUACCGUUGGGUCGACGAGAUGAGGCAGAUCAAUGAGACGUUCGUCGAGGAAGGAGGCUUCGGCAAGGACGUGCUCGGAGAAACGCACGGCGUGUUUGAUGGCAUCGCCGAGGUCUACAAGCUCAUCGCCGACGACACGGUACUCGGCGAGGAAAGGGUGGAGAGCAGGAAGCGAGGGACCGAGGUGAGUGAUGUGGUCGAGUGUAUUGGCGACGGAAUCAAGGCGAAGAAGAGAAAGGUCGCCGGGGAUAAUUGGAGAAGAAAUUGGUCAUGAGCAGCACGGAUUGUGUGAUUUUGUGAUGAAGUGAGGAAGGAGACCAGAAAUUUGGCAAAGUGCUGCGUACCUAUGCUACGCUACGAUGUAUUUAAAUUGUUUAACGAAUGACUUAGAAAUGGCACAACAUCGAUGAUGAGA